AUGUUUGGUGCCUACGAGGAGGCCGUUUCCGUCAGCAUCCGCUAUCUGCGCCAGGCGCCUACGAGUCAACAAUAUCCUGCUCAUUCCCUCCCUCCCAUCCUCGUCUCCGCCAUCACUGAUUGCGACGUCUUAAGCGAAAUGCUUGUUCUCCAUGGCGGCUUCGUGUUGCGUGCAUUCAAAAGGCGACAUCUUGGUGAGUCCGUAAUAGCAUAGCGUUAUGCCGUAUGAUAAUCAAUGUUACAACCCCACCUAAGUAAUCCUUCCUAACCGAAAACUCCAUGCAGAAUUUCGACCAACAUUUCAUGAGACCGGUCACGAGAUGUAUCUGCUUUGCAUGCCCCAUUUUUAUGCACUGUGGAUGGAGGCAUAUUUGCUGAAAAUUUUGGAAUGACACUUGCAAAAUGAGAUCUAUCGUGCUCCCUCUCUCCCUCUCCCUCUCUCUAACACAGGCGAAAGAACGAAUGAUGUUAUAUAA